ACCAGCAUCGAAUGCCGCCAUUGGUGGUUUGACCGUCCUCGCACACAGACUCUCGCGAAGGUGGUUUAUUGUUUCGCUUCAUCUCCGGCAGAAAAUUGUCCCAGGUCCCUCGUUUGCCGAGUAAAAACAACUCAACGGAAGAAAAAUGGCAGGAGGAAAAGCAGGAAAGGACAGCGGGAAAGCCAAGGCAAAGGCUGUGUCUCGUUCACAAAGGGCAGGACUACAGUUCCCAGUGGGCCGUAUUCACAGACACUUGAAGACUCGUACUACAAGCCACGGGCGUGUUGGGGCCACUGCUGCUGUUUACAGCGCUGCCAUUCUGGAGUACCUGACCGCUGAGGUGUUGGAGUUGGCGGGGAAUGCGUCUAAAGAUCUGAAGGUGAAGCGUAUCACUCCGCGUCACUUGCAGUUGGCCAUCCGCGGGGACGAAGAGUUGGACUCGCUCAUCAAGGCCACCAUCGCCGGGGGAGGUGUGAUCCCCCAUAUCCACAAGUCCCUCAUUGGCAAGAAGGGCCAGCAGAAGACUGCAUAGAGAUGGGAAGGGGGGUGACCUGGAGCCUGCAGUGGUCCUACUUGCGGAAGGAGAGGACUAGGCCACUCCACGAGUUCCGGUCCCUUUCUUUCUUUUUCUUGUUUUUUUUUUUGUUUUUGUUUUUGUUUUUUUAUUUGUAAUUGUAGCUUGAAAAUAAAAGCAAUUGAUUGUUAGAUUCUAAGUUGUAAUAUUUCAAAAAAAGGAAAAAAAUGCCAAAAAAGAAACAUUUGUAUGUUCAUUUAGUUUUUUUUGCUUGACAGAGGGUUGGGGGAUGGGUUGUAUCUUGUCAUAUUGUGGAAAAAUCUGUUGGAUUGGCUAGAGCUUCACAAGUGUUUUAUACUGGAAAAAUUUGAAUUGUUAAACCAUGUUUUUCAAAA